CUUUCAAUCCUGAUCUUAUAGGCAUCGAAAAUGUGUGGUCAAAAUGGUGGCAUUCAUAUUUUUAUUUGUAUUGUUGCCUUGAUGAAAAUGAUGCUUGUAUUAUGUCAGAAGAGACCUAGAACUAGAAAAUAAAGCUAUAGUUUUAGCACAUUGAUCUGAAUUUCUCCUUCUGAGUAGUUUCAUGUCCUUUUACAUAUGUGACAGCUUUCAAGUCCUCAUACAGUGAAGUUGUUUGGUUGUUAGUUAUAUAGCUUUUAGUUAUGCUGGAUUGUAAACUGGUAACUGAACAUUGGUGCUGAAUUUUAAACUACAUGUCAACUAAUAUGUGACUGUACAUGGUAUUAGUUAUGUUAUGCUGGUUUCAAUACAUAAUAAUUCACUUCCUGACCAACAACCAAACGACCCCUAAGGUACAAGGUUUUUUUUGAAAAAGUGAAAUACUUUGUUGAUGGAGUAAAGUUUCAUGUCUUAAGCCUUCUCUUCCUUUUGUCGGCAGGCAUUGUCCAAUGUACUCCAAAGUAUAGCCAUCUUGCAAUUUAACAAGGAGGUGGCUUACUUCUUCACUUCGAAUAUUUGCACAUAAAGCACCAACUAGUUUAUGUAAUUCUCCUCUCCUUCAAGUUAUUAGCCGUUAGGAUUACUCACCUCAUUGGCACCCUAGGAUAUGAAGGAUCAACCCCUUGAAUUUUUGUUUUUGGCCUCUAUUCACGUGUAUACAUCAUAUACUUGUGUGGACAACUACUGAAAGGGUGUGUGACAUAACGAAGUUCGGCAACUAUGUUGUUGUUGCGAGGCGAGGGAGCAACUUGUCUAAAGUCUUGUGGUGGACUCCUUCAUAUUAAGAGAGUGACUCAAAAUCAAGAUUCCUUACAACUUACACCAAUAGCGUCACAGAGCAGUCGGAUAUUGGAUCACUCCCUUCUCUCCUAUCUCAUGGAUCACUUCCCGCUCCAGCAACUUGUAUUAGUAUGACUAUGACUUAACAAAAACAGUCCAUUUCUUGCUCCACAUCUCCACAAAUCUUGUCUAGUAUGUGAAAAACUCCACAAACCACAAAUCUUGUCUAGUAUGUGAAAAACUCCACAAAUCUUGGCUAAUAAGUGCAUGGAAAUGUUUAGGAUGGCACCAAGUUUAUUCUGAACUUCAGAGAAGAAAAUAAAACUCGGACUAGAGUUCUUCUUGGAAACAAUGAAGUUAAAGAAGUCAACUUUAGUACAGCACCCUGCACUUUUGAUGUCUAGCAUGGUUAAGAGAGUGAUUCCCAUAUAUCAAGUUCUUCAGCUGAUAAAGUCCAAAAAAGUUUGUGAAGAAAGAACCAAGGUUUUAUUCUGUAAUUUAUUUGCCAGAGCAUCUGUUCUUGGAAAAGUAUGUAUCAAGGUUUGUAGAAACUCCCGAGGAAUUAUUGAUGGCCUUCUGGGGCCAUUCUCUAGAUUUAGGUAAAGGAUAAACAUUUUCCUUGCUCUCGGGUCAAACUCCAGCAGAGAUACAAAAUACUAAGUGAUUUCUUCCCAUUUAUCCUAGCCUUUAUGGACCAAGUUACCUGGUAUAAUUGUUGUUGGUGGGAGGUGGUAGGUAUCCUAUGGAGUUAGUCGAGGUGCGCGAAAGCUGACCCGGACACCACUGUCAAAAAAAACAUGUUCCUUGAGAAUUAAUCCACAUUUCUUUUUCAAAGUAAAUUAUGUUGGUGAUCUUACUAGGUUUCAAGAUGCCCUAUUUGCAAAAAUGUCAUGCUAGUGUGAUGACUGUCAGAUUAUACUGGGUUCUCUUUGUUUGGCGCUGUUACUACUCCAUCCAUCUAUUUUUCUGACAAUCUCCUCAACGAUAUCUAUCUCCAUCGAAAUCUAGUAGGAAGUGAAGUUUAAAGAAAAGCAUGGGUAGCUUCUGUGUUCCACCUCUGCAUAUCUUCCACUUUGAAUAGCUUUGUUCAAAGUUUUCUCUUAAGUCCUUAAAAUUCAUAUUUUUCUUGUCUCUAUAAGUCUUUCUCGUUGUUUCCUGUGAACAGAUUGAGAAGGACUCAUGAUCUCCAUCCAACUGCGCUUCCGUUCAUUAUCUACUCACUUACAUCAUCUUUCUUCCCUACCUACUGGUCCUUUUUCUUCUUUCCACAUAUCUCUCUCCUCUCUAUCUCAGGUAGUAACCAAAAAGUCUGCUCAAAAUGCAAACCAAGAAAAUCCUGUACUCCUCAACUACCUAAUAAACACGUUGGGCUUUCCAAAGCCUAAAGCCGUGACCAUAUCCGAUCGUUUAUCUUGGGUCAGAAGUGUUGAAAAACCUAAAUUGACUGUACAUUUCUUCAAGUCCGUCGGAUUCACAGAUGCACAAAUCCAAUCCGCUGUUGGUACCGUCCCCCAAAUCCUUCUUGCUGACGUUGAAAAAAUACUCAAGCCAAAGAUCCAGCUAUUACAAGAAUUGGGUAUCACUGGUUCUGAUCUGGGUAGGCUUUUGUCCACAAAGGCGAUAUUAUUAACACGUAGCCUGGACAAAAUACUAAAGCCUUCCAUUGAAGUUCUCAAUGAAGUCCUUAUAAAAAGUACUGAUAAUGGUGAUUGGUUCCGGGUUCUGCUAAGGUGUGAUUGGGUUAUUUAUGGAUCUCCUCACUUGAGACUGGUUCCUAAUAUUUCAUAUCUGCAGAGCAUUGGAAUUGUUGGGUCUCAACUAUCAUCACUCUUGAAGAGGCAACCUCAUCUUUUUGUUACACAUGGAUCUAAGCUUAAAAAACUUGUCUCUGAACUUAUGGAUAUCGGGUUUUCUACUGAUUCAAGAAUGUUGGUGCAUGGCCUUCAUACAUUAAGUUGUAUGAGUCAAGAAUCUAUUUCGAAUAAAUUACUGUUGAUUCAGAGUUUUGGUUUCUCCAAAAGUGAGUGCAUGGUAAUGUUUAUGAGGGCACCAUGCUUAUUCCGUGGUUCAGAGAAGAAAAUAAGACUCGGACUAGAGUUCUUCUUGGAAACAGUGAAGUUACAGAAGUCAACUUUAGUACAGCGUCCCACUCUUUUGAUGUUUAGUAUGAAGGAGAGAGUGAUUCCGAGAUAUCAAGUUUUUCAGCUGAUAACGUCGAAAAAGCUUAUGAAGAAAGACCCAAAAUUUUAUGAUAUGAUGUGUUUGACAGAGCAUCACUUCUUGGAGAAGUACGUAUCGAGAUUUACAGAAAAUACAGAGGAAUUAUUGAUGGCUUACAAGGGCCAUCGUCUAGAUUUAGGAGAAGAAUAAGAGUGUUUACUGGAAAAUUUGCUUGCAAUUUUUCUUCAGAAAUGCGUGGUGAAAUAGGGGCAUUCACAGUUCUAUUUGUAUUGUUGCUUUGAUGAAAAUGAAGCUUGUGUUAUGUAAGAAGAGACCAGGAACCAGAAAAUAAAGCUGUCGUUUUAAGCACAUUGAUUUGAA